AUGUCUCUGAGGGCAAGCGUGGAGCACAAACGCAAGGAGCACGCAAAGGAGACGGCAAGGCGACAAAGACAAUGGCAGGAUAUGAAAAGGAAAGCCGAGGAAGAGUCUGCCCGUGCGGCGCUCGACGCCCUCGAGCGGCGCAAAUCAGAACGGGCGCGGCUCGCAAAUUACAUGCGCGAGGGGCGGGCCGCGCCAAAGCAGAUUCACAUCGGGCGUGAGGUGCUCCGUUGUGAGCUUGGUGGGGGCGAUGAGAAUGCACUCCCUUGGCCGGAGAAACUUCCAGGGGGGGGUGAAAAUGAGUGCCGAGAGAGUGUGCCUGCGGGGGUGAAAGAUAGGAAGCGGGUGUUGCAAGCUGCGCAGCACAAUGGCAGGGGGGUGGGGCAUGCACGCUCUGACCGAAAGGGACGAGAGGAGAACGGGGGCAGUGUGACAAGCGCUCUGGCGGGGAGGAAAGUCGGGGGUGUUACAGCAGAGGGAAAGACGAGGGGCGGCGAGAGAAAGGUCUUGGAGGAUGAGGUGGCGCGUGUCAGUGAAGCGGGGCGGCAAGUUGGUUCCUACAGUGCUGCAGAGGGGGGGUCUGCUCAGGGGAAGGUUCUCAGUGAAGCGACCCCCCGGCACCAUGACAAGGCACACGGGCAGGAGGACUGUGUGAGUAGACGACAAUCUGAAAGAGCUACCAUCAGUCCUAGAAAACCUUGGGAAUCUAGUGGGGGCGAGAAAGGUAACGUAAGUGGAGGGAACCCUCCAAAAAACAGGGAGGUGUCUGGGGAGAAUGGAACCGGGGGGGCUGAAGGGGUAGUCCAGAGACAUAGGAGGCCUCGGUGGAAUACUCGGGUUAUCCAAGAUUACGAAACAGCGAAGAUGCUGAGAGCGCGGGGGUGGGAAAGGGGCAAGGAAAGCAGGCCGGUGCUGGGGAGGGGAGGAGAAAGCACGGGCAAGGAUGGGAGCAGCGGGUUUAGAAUGUACGGUACGGAGGAGAAAACAAAUGACACAAAAAUAGGGAUUCGAGGCGGGGUUGGCGGGGCAAACAGGUUAUCUGCACGGCCCACGCUAGCUGCCCGAGAGAGUCCGUGGUUGACUCACGAAGAGAGCCGAGAGAACCCCGAUCCAGCGGAACGACCAGAACUCAGCACUUCCAACCCGCAAAAGGUUCCUUACUCUGAACCGGCGACCCGAGUAGAGAGGCAGCGCAGAAAGUGGUCGCCCCAGGAGACGCGCGCGCUUGCAAGCGAGGGGAGCGUCCUGAUGACGCACAGCCCGCCAGGCACGGCAGGCCCGGGCGGGCGGGGUGACGUCACGAACAGGGGGGAUCUUAUGACCGGUGACGUCAGCAGUCGGAAAGACGUUGGCGGAGGGACGACGUCCUGUUCGGGGGUCGUGGAAGACGUUGGUUCUUGUGCAAACCGCGCUGCCCCUCAGCUGUCGGGACUUGCGUCGAGUGACGUGUCUGGCAAGGAGUCCGCCAAUCUCAGCGGGCCACGUGGCGGCUUAAGGGCGUCCAUGCAGGUGCUGCAGCGGGAGCUGGCGCAUAUGCAUGCCGCGUCGAGCUGGGCGACCAGUAGACCUGUUUCAGGGAGCGCGGGGUCGCCGGAAAUAGCACAAGCAAAUUGCCAAACGAGCGCCCAGGAUAAAAUCCCGGGCGUGGGUCCGUUUGAAUCAACCCGUGAAAAGAGGGAUUCGGAAGCGAAGGUUGCUUGGCAUAGCUCAUCAGGGAGAAAAGAGGGGUUCGGGCAAGACCAUUCCAGGCAGAGAAUAGCGAAAACAGUCGAGUUAGCGGAGGAUGCGUCGAGCUUAAACGCCGAGCUUGCAACUCAGGAAGGCUUGACACUCGGGAACGGCGAACAAAAAUGUUCUGCCAAUGGUCCGGUGGAAGCGGAGAACAGACCGGUUGAAGGGCAGAAAAGACGAAUCGAAGGGGAGACGAGACAGAUUGAAGGGGAGAAGGAAACGGUUGAAGGGGAGAAGAGACCGGUUGAUGCGGGGAAGAGACCGGUUGAAGGGGAGAAGAGACCGGUUGAUGCGGGGAAGAGACCGGUUGAAGGGGAGAAGAGACCGGUAGGAGCUCCCGAGCGCCAGUCUCUGGCGGACUUCCUCGCGCUAGCGGUUCAGGCGGAUCGCAUUGCGAGUCGGGAGGCCGUUUUGAAACAACGGGCGCUUAGUGCGGCAAACGAACGGCGACGGUUGACCGAAGAGAGACGGAGACCGAUGUCUGGAGAGAGGAUUCCGGAGUGCGUCGAAAUUUUGGAGGAGGUUUCCGGUGGGGAGGAGACGAAAGUUGCGGAAAGAAGACUCAGCGUGUUUUCAUCACUGGAGGAAAAAGGUCAGCGAAGCGGUGUGAAAAAGGGAAGUGUGGAACCGGGGAUGAAAGCGGAAGUCGAAAAGAACGGGGUCGCGGGGAAAGCGAGAGAUGAAGACUCGCAGAAUGAAAGGGAAACCGCUGCCUUUGGAUUGUCCGACGCGGUUCAUCAAGACGAUGAAAGUCGGGCGGAUAAGAGGGAAAUUUCGAAGCAAGUAGAGCCGGGCCGAGAGAAAGGCGGCGAAAAAGGCGACCUGACAGCGCGGCUGGCGGCUGAGGUGGCCGCCCUGAAGGCGCGGCUCGCGGCCAAAGACGCGGAGAUCAUGCGGAUAAGGCGGGCGGAACGAGUGCCGGACGGGGCGGAAUCAACGAGCGGACGGAAUCCGAAACCGUCAAUGUCAGAUCACGACCCGAUCAUGGAAGUGAAUCGAACAGCGGGAAGCAACUCGGAAGCAGAACGGAAGGCACAAGCGGAACCGCAAGCGAAACGGGUAUCGGGCCUGGCUCCCGAAUCUGGAGCGGCAACUCGGAGAGAGGCGCAAAGAGAGGAGACGGGGGUUCCCGAAACGGAUUCUGCUCCGCUUGAAAGGGGUGGAGUAAGUGAGCGGAGAAAAGAAACAGAGACGAUGGCCACAAGAAGAGCGGUCGUAAGAGGAGGCAGCUUGGCCUGGGAGUUUGUGCCCCCCGAGAGGGGAUCAGCCGUUAACCUGUCUGCUAACGCACAUAGAGAUUCUGCAGACGUCAGCAGCCCUACGAUGCCAAGAGCAGAACCGGAAGUCAUAAGCGCCGUCGAAACGGACCGUUUCUAUCCCAGGCCCCGUUUGGACGAAGCUCGACUCCAAACGCCGGCGAAUACGUGGGGAAGUCAAAGAAACAGGGCCUCGGGGGCCGGAGUAGAAAUGGGACUUUGCAGGGGAGACGGGGAGUCCGCUGACGUCAUCCGCUUGCCGAAACGGGAGGUGUCUCAAGACUCUCUUUGUCCGCCCAGAGAUGCCCCUUCCAAGUUGGAUGACGUCAGCAACCCUCACGUGGCGCGCUCCGGAGCCGUGCAAGGAUUCUCGACCAGGCACGUGGCGCGACCCAGCAGCUGGCGGGACGGAAGCGUAGACGUUCCCAACCCCGUGGUGCCAAAAGCUCUUCGUCGAGAAUCUCUAGACUUCCCCGGUUUCGAGCCUCGGCCAGCGACGUUCAGUCAGCCGGAACCCAGCAUCUCCAACCGGGUCUCUUUUAGCGGAGGGCGAGAAACUAGAACUGGGACAUUUUUCCAGGGGCCCAGAGUCCCAUACGCUCUUCCAGGGGAGUCCGGCAUCUCCGCGGCGCGAGUUUGGGACGCCUUCCAGAUGUCUCGUCACCAAACCCCCUCCGGCCGACGUCACUCUGACGUCGCUCCUUCCCCAGCGAUCGCUUACGGGCAGCGGCCCGCAUAUGAGCCGGUCGCACCGCAGCGCCGGCACCCGGGUGACGUUGGGAUGACGUCAGCGGCUGCGACCGGGGGAAGUCACCGACCGCCGACAGCGCUGUCUCUGGAGGAGCAGAGCAUCCUGGCGUCGUUGCAGAGACUGGAUAUCAAGCUGCGAGGUCUGGCGGAAGUCGGUCAAAGUGCAAAUCGAACUCCAGUGCGCCCACCAUGUUCCGUCGCUUCCGCCCCGAUUCCGGCGCCGGAACGGCUGCACACCGCGCAGUCGAAGCUGGAGACCCGGUCCACCGGAGCGAAUGCCUUCGGACGCUCAGCGGAACGUCCGGCGGAACGUCCGCCGCCCAAAGUCGCCUGGCAGAAGGCGAAGCGUUCCCGUACCGGCGUGACCAACGGACGGAACGAACAGCCGCGGGUUCGAGGGGCUCACAGGGCCCAACUCAUUUCCCAGCCUUACGCCAAGCACUUUCCGGAGGGUGGCCAAGUUGCUAGUAACAAAGGCGUGAUCUUCCAAAGCCCCACAGCGAUUGCCCUUCUCUCUAGCUGA